AUGGCCUCCAGCGAGUGGGAGGAGGUGAAGAAGCUGGCGAUGGACUUCCAGCGAACGCAGCAGAUGAGCUCGGUGCAGAAACUCUCCGAGCGGAACUGCGUCGACAUCGUCAAGCGGCUGAUCGAGAUGAAGCUGUUGGACGUCAUCUUCACCAACGACGGCAAGGAGUACCUGACCGGGGAUCAGCUGACGCGGGAGAUCGAAAACGAACUCUACGCGGCCGGCGGCCGGGUGGCCAUCUCCGAGCUGGUCGGCCUCCUCAACGUCGACUACAGCCACAUCGAGGCGAAGGCUCACCAGCUGGUGCGGACGGCCAGCGGCGGCGAGGCGGUGAGCCUCGUCCUCGAGCAGCUAAUUAGCCGCGACUUCAAGGACGCCCUCGCCGCGGAGAUCGACCUGCACCUGCAGGAGGCGGGCACGGUGGCCGUCUCGGAGCUGUCGAAGAGCUACGACCUGCCGGCGGAGUUUCUCCUCAACCUCCUGGAGGAGCGGCUCGACGUGCUGGUGAAGGGGAAGCUGGACCGGGAGGCGCGCGUCCUCUACACCCACGACUACCUGGCGCGCUUCGAGGCGAAGGUCAUCGGCGUCUUCAGCGCACUGACGCGGCCCAUCGCCCUGCAGACGGUGGUCAAUCGGUACGGCAUCGCCGAGAAGAUUCUCACCGGUAAGGGGUCGUUUAUACACAGCUCCAUUUCUAUUUCUAUUUGUUUCUACCUUCUAACCUCGGUACUUUCCGGGCCACUUUCAGCCACCCUCGAGACGCUGCUCAGCAGGCGACGCAUCCUCGGCACCGUCUCCGGGCCGACCUUCAUUCCCGAGGUGUACUCGAAGACGCAGCAGGAGUACGUGGUCAGCUUCUACAAGCACAACCGCUACCUCGACUACUCGACGCUGGCGAAGCUGGGCAUCUCCAACGGCCGGGCCUUCCUCGAGAAGAAGUUUGGCGGUGGUGGUGGCACAAACUCCUCCUCCUCCUCCUCUGAGCUGAUCUACCUGAACCACUGUGCCGUAGACCGCCUGUUGGCCUUUCAGAUUGAGACCACGGCGGAGGAGGUGGUGGCCAGCGGCUCCUUUGCCCACCUCCUCGACAUUCUCCCCUCGGUGCUGACCGCCGCCGAUGCGGAGCUGCUCAUUCGGCGGACGCUGGAGACGGGCGGCAAUAAAGCUCUUCUAGAGAAGGAGUGCGUCCUCCUCGAGGACGGCGGCAUCCUCGUCAGUCGGCAGUUCCUCGAACGGGCAAAGGAGUUCUUCGCCGAGGAGCGGCAGAAGCGGGCAGAGGCCGCCCUGAGGAACGGCCACCUCCUGACGUACUUCUCAAAGACGGCGGCGGCCACGAAAAACCAAGCCUCUUCUUCCUCGAAGAGCGCCAUCGAGGAGAAGCACUCCAAAGGAGGAGGAGACACUGAAGGUCCAUCCACCGGCGGCAAAAAAGGCGGCAAAAAGGGAAGUGGCGGCGGCGGCGGCGGCAGCGGCAACGCCCAGGGCCGGGAAGUGAAGACCAAGGCGGUGAAGAAGAAGUACAAGACUGGUGGCAAGGGAGGAGGUCGAGGCGGUGGCGACGAUGACGAUGACGACGAUCAGAACUCCUCCUCAAAGAAGGCCGCCCUGGUCUUCAUGUCGCUGGAGGAGAUCACCCAGCUGCUGAGCAAGAAGUUGGCCGCCGAAAGGAAGGGAACGGCAAACAGAAAUGAAGAGAUGGAGGGAGGAGGCGGGGGCGAGGAGGUCUCUGAGGCGCUGGUGGAGGGCGUGGCGGCGCUGAUCGCCGAGGACCUGCAGCGCGCCUACGAGGCGACGGCGCGGGAGGUCUUUGUCUCGGCGAGUGCGGCGGCGGCGGCCAACCAGCCGAAGCGACUGUCCUUCGCCGAGCUGCAGAAGGCCACCGUGGAGGCGUACGCGCAGAUACUGCUCUUCGACAAGGGCAUCCAGGUCUUUGAGUCGGUGGACCUCAAGUCGAAGCUGGUCAGGUACCUUCAGCGGACGCUCUGCGCUGACCUGGUCAACAGUCUGCUCGCCUACUUUGCAUUCUCUUCCACUGACCACCAACAACAGCAACAACAAGGUGACCAACAAGGUCCUCAAACGAACACCAAUGAAGGCCGCGCCAAGGUGAUUGGCCGCAUCGGCGACGCGGAGGUGCGCGACUGCCUGAGUCGGCUGAACAGCGCCCUCGCCGCUGCGGAGAUCGCCACCUUCCUCGCCGAACUCGAGGCCGCCUGCCCUCGUCUGGACAUUCUCCUGGCGAAGAAGAAGGGCGUCGAGAGGCGUCGCGAGAAGGUGCUGCUCUCCGAGCACCGCCAGCUGCUGCUCCUGCAGCUGCAGGAGGUCGGUGAGCAGCAGUCUGAGACCCGGGACCCGAUUCUGGGGCUGCACAUCGCGGUGAUGCUCGUCUUCCAGGCGACGCACGAGGCGAUGCUGCACACCAGCGGCAAGCUGCUGCCCGCCAUCCUGGCCACCCUCGCGCCGCCGCUGGUGCCCGCCGAGGUGUACACGCCGCUGAAGGCCAGCCAGGAGCUGGUGCUCUCCCUGGUGGCGGCCGCCAAGGAGGAGACGGCGAAGCGGCGGGAGAUCACCGAACAGCUGCUGCGCCUCUUUGACGAGUACCGCCCCAAGGUGGUCGCCUACAGGCGGCCCAAGAAGGUCGAGGGAGGAGAGGAAGGGGAGGGGGAGGCAGUGGUCAAAGUGGCGGAGGAAGAGGAGUGA